AGUGUGUUGUGAUACUGUGUGUGUGUGUGUGUGUGUGUGGUCUCUUCGCUCCAGUGUAGGGGCCAACCUCACUGCUCUGGCCCCCUGCCCUGCCUAUUAUCUCAUUGAUUUCCUCCUCUCCUCUUUUCAAUUCUCUCCAUUUCCACACUGCCGUCCUUUCCAUUAGAGGAGCAAUUUAACAGAGUGCUGUGACAUGGGAGGGAAAGAGAGAGAGGGAGGGAGGGAGGGAGGGGAGACCGGAGGAUUGGAAACAUAAAGUGAGGAGGGGAGAUAAAGUGAAAGGGCUUGAGGGAGAAGACGGAGAAAAGAGGGAUGGAACUGAGGGAGGGAUGAGCAGAUCGUAUCGUCCCGUCUCAGAGAAUGGCAUGACUGAAAAUUUCACACAGUUUGUAAACUGAGCUUAAAGGGUAAUUCCAACAAGUUGUAAUAAUUGAAAUGAUCCUUUAAGUGAAUAUAUAACUUAAUGGUAAUUUCCACAUGUAUUCCUAUCCAUUAUUGCUCUACAUCUUCUUCUUCUUCUGUCCGUCUUCCUCGCAGGAGUUUCCUCCAGAGCCGUAUGCGAUCUCCCCACGACAGACACCCGUCGUCCACCCCGCACUGGAGAGGAAGCAGCAUGUGCUGGAUCCGUGGUUCCCUGUACCGGGUGUCGGCCAAUAAGCUGUCCCGCACCGUGGCGUCCAGCAUGUCGAUCAACCGAACAGGAAGGCCUUCCAGCGCCUCACCGGUCUCGCCCUUGAGUCCUGCUUUCAACCGGCCCUUCAGCCCUCGUCAUCUAGCCAGCCGCGCAGUCCAGCGCAGCCUUGCCAUAAUCCGACAUGCUCAUCAGAAGAAGCAGCAGAAGCAGUACUGCAUGUACUACAACCGCUUCGGCAAGUGUAACCGUGGCACCAGCUGUCCCUACAUCCACGACCCGGACAAGGUUGCCGUCUGCACCAGGUUUCUGCGAGGGACGUGCCAUCAGGCAGACGGGACCUGCCCAUUCUCCCAUAAGGUGGCCAAGGAGAAGAUGCCGGUGUGUUCCUACUUCCUGAAGGGAAUCUGUAACAACAGCGACUGUCCCUACAGUCACGUCUACGUGUCCCGCAAAGCUGAAGUGUGUGAGGACUUUGUCAAAGGCUACUGUCCUGAAGGAGAGAAGUGUAAGAAGAAACACACUCUGGUGUGUCCAGACUUCUCCAAGGCGGGAUCCUGCCCUCGAGGGGCCCGCUGCAAGCUGCAGCACCGCCAACGGGCCAAACGAAUCGCCAGCAACACCUCCACCACCCCGGCCAAGAGGGCCCGAACCAAGGAGCCCGCUAAGAGGCCCCGCCUGUCUGUCGUCAUGCCGCAGGGCUCUCAGGCAGCUCCAAGGACUCCCACCAAAGGUUCUCUGGCGCUGCCGUCCUUCAUCUCCCUCUCCAGCUCGCCAGAGGAGGCGGACGCACCGGAAACACUGCCGGCCGAGAGCUCACAGGUUAAAGAGAAAAAACUGCAGAUCAAGCCUCGGCUGUGAGACUACGGAGACGAGCAGCAGUGGAGGUGAAACGCACUUCUCCGUGAUUCCUGUGCUCCAGGUUUGUCCUGACAGGUGUAUCUGUGUCUCCUCCCUCUGAAUUGCGUCACUCAGGGCCUGAAAGUUUUAUUUUCUAUAUCUAUACUAUUAUAAGACAUCUGUUUUACAUAUCAAUCUGGGUGUUUUUUUCAUAUCAGGUUGUGUAAAUUUUAACAAAAUUAUGAAUAAAGUAUAAACUUUUAACCAUA